AUGCCAGUCAUACAUAGAGCCAUCCCAGCACUAAGGCGGCUUCGUCUCUCCAACACAGCGUUCCAGCAGCAGUCUCGUCUCCAACCACGACCAGCACAAGUCCUUCGUCCCGCAUCGCAAAUAGUCCAGCUUCGGCACCAACACAACAACACCGAAAAGGCCGAAGCAUCCACUUCAGCAGGCGGCGCAGAUCACUCACCACAAGAACAACCCGAUCGACCGCAAUCAAAGAUCAAAUACACCUCUGAAUCCUACCCGAACCUCAAACGGGACUCGCGGUUCAAGGAAGUGACGGCAGACGAUGUCAAGUUCUUCCGCGGAUUGCUGGGAGAAGGGAGUGCAGUCCUCGAUGGCGUCACCCAAAAGACAGGCGAGGAGGACUUCGAGGCCUACAAUGCCGAUUGGAUGAGAAAGUACAGAGGCCAGUGUCGACUCGUCCUCAAGCCGGAGACGACGGAGCACGUGAGCAAGAUCCUAAAGUAUUGCAACGACAACCUCCUCGCCGUCACACCCCAAGGAGGGAAUACUGGUCUAGUCGGUGGUAGUGUGCCCGUCUUCGACGAAAUCGUCUUAAGCCUGUCAAAACUGAACACCGUCCGCUCCUUCGACGACGUCUCAGGUGUACUAGUAGCAGACGCAGGAGUGAUCUUACAGCAAGCGGAUGAUUACGUAGCCCAACACAACCACAUCUUCCCUCUCGAUCUCGGCGCGAAAGGAACAUGUCAAAUUGGGGCGAAUGUGGCUACGAACGCGGGUGGGUUGAGAUUGUUGAGGUACGGGAGUAUGCAUGGAAAUAUCUUGGGCCUGGAAGUUGUGCUGCCCGAUGGGACGGUGAUGGAUGAUCUGGGGACCUUGAGGAAGAAUAACACGGGAUACGAUCUAAAACAAUUAUUCAUCGGAGCCGAAGGCACAAUCGGCGUGAUCACGGCAAUAUCAAUCUUGUGCCCCCAACGAUCACCAGCAGUCAACGUGGCAUACUUUGGUCUCGAAUCCUAUGAGAAAGUGCAAGAAGCAUUCAAAGAAGCCAAGAAACAACUAAGCGAGAUCCUCUCCGCCUUCGAACUCAUGGACCACCAAUCCCAAGACCUCUACCGCCAAGCCAGCGGCGCCAAACUGCCGCUCGAGAACGAUUACCCAUUCUACUGCCUCAUCGAAACAAGCGGCAGUAAUACGGACCACGAUAGCGAGAAGUUGAAUAAUUUCCUCGAGCACGUCAUGGGGGAGGAGAUUGUGCAGGAUGGUGUUGUGGCGCAGGACGAGACUCAGCUUCAAUCCCUCUGGGCUUGUCGCGAGGGUAUUUCGGAAGCGGGGCAGCAUUUCGGUGGCGUGUAUAAGUACGACCUUUCCAUCCCCCUGGGCCAACUCUACGACCUCGUAAUCGAAACUCGGGAACGAUUUCAGAAGAACGGAUUAAUGGGUGACAGUGACGACUUCCCAGUCAAAGAAGUGAUCGGGUACGGACACAUGGGUGAUUCGAAUUUGCACUUGAAUGUAGCGACACGACGGUAUGAUAAAGAAGUUGAGAAGGCGAUUGAGCCGUGGGUUUAUGAGUGGGUGAGUAAGAGGAAUGGGAGUAUUUCGGCGGAGCAUGGGUUGGGGUUGGCGAAGAAGGAGUUUAUUGGGUACUCGCGGUCGGAGACGAUGAUUGCGUUGAUGAAGGGGGUCAAGGGGUUGUAUGAUCCGAAUGGGAUUAUGAACCCUUAUAAGUAUAUAUGA